AUGAAGAUCUCUCACUUGUUCUUCAAAACCCAUCUCAAUACUCGACUCAUAAACCUCAUUUUUAUCUUCUCAUCUCUUGGUUUGAUACUAUAUCUCUUGUUUUCUUCGUUUUCGAUUCUGCCCAACACCAGAAUCUUGUUGCUGUCUGAUCGGUUUUCAUCUCCUACUUCCCUCGAUCACAUCGUUUUUGGGAUCGCAUCCAAUGCGAAAUCAUGGCCCAAAAGGAAAGAAUACGUUAAGAUGUGGUGGAAGCCUGAUAAAAUGCGAGGUUGUGCUUUUCUCGAUGUUCCCUUGGAGAAUAACACCGUCUCUUCCGACGUCUCCCUUCUCCCUCCGGUUUGUAUCUCCGAUGACACCUCCAGGUUCCGUUAUACAUGGCGCGGUGGUCUCCGGUCAGCCAUCCGUGUCGCCCGCGUCGUGUCGGAGACGGUCGCAUUAAACCAUUCAAACGUCAGAUGGUUUGUGUUUGGGGACGAUGAUACGGUGUUCUUCCCGGAAAAUCUGGUGAAGACGCUAUCGAAAUACGAUCAUGAUCUGAUGUAUUUCAUCGGGUCAAACUCAGAGAGUUUCAUACAGAACAGAUUCUUCUCGUUUUCAAUGGCGUUUGGCGGAGCUGGAUUUGCAAUCAGUUAUCCAUUGGCGAAAACGUUGGCGAAGGUGUUGGAUUCGUGCUUGGAGAGAUACCCGCAUUUGUACGGAAGCGAUGGAAGGAUUUCAUCGUGUUUGGCUGAACUUGGAAUUGGGAUUACCAGAGAAGCAGGUUUUCAUCAGAUGGAUAUGACCGGAAACCCGUUUGGAGUAUUGGCAGCGCAUCCGAUGACACCAUUGGUAUCUCUUCACCAUACUGAUUACAUGGACCCAAUUUUUCCGAAGAUGACAAAUAGAGACGCUAUGCGCCAUUUAUACAAAGCUGCGGAGUUAGAUCCUCAUAGGAUCUUACAACAGGCAGUUUGCUACGACCGUUGGUUUUCAUGGACGAUUUCAGUCUCAUGGGGCUAUGCAGUGGAAGUCUUUGGAAACCAUGUGCUAUUGCCCGAUGUGCUUCGUGUCCCUGCAACAUUCCGACCGUGGAAAAAAGGGAACUUGUUGAACACGUUAUUUAGUUUCGACAUGAGGGAACACAAUAAAGAUCCUUGUCGAAGACCCGUUGUGUUUCAUAUGAAUGAGACGAUCUCUGAGGGAGACCAUACCAUAAGCAUUUAUAAGUUAAUGGCACAAGAUAAUUGCACAUCCAAUCUCGGAUCUCCCAGACGAAUUGAAAUGAUCAAAGUGCGUUCUCAGAAAUUAAAUCUCGACCAGAAGCAGGCGCCUAGACGACAAUGUUGUGAUGUAUUGCCUUCUUCAAGACACGAAAAGUUGGAAAUCGGCAUUAGGCAAUGUCGGGAAGAUGAAUUGAUUCGUAUGCAAUGAUAACAUUCAUUCAACGAUAUUUAUGUUAGUGUGCGGUUACCUUGUAAAUAGCACACGGGUAAAUGAUGAUAUGAUCAGGUCACGCAACAUAGACUUAUAAGACACACAAAUCAAGAACAAAGAGUUCUGGAUACCAAGCAUGAAAAAGGGGUGUCGAUAAUCAGGACGAAUUGACGUUGCAUUG